GCUUGAGAACUGUCAGAAAUGUAAGAGUUUUUCAACUCGAUUUUAAAAUAAUAAAUAACGUAGCAUGUCACACUGACAGUAUAAAUAAAUAUACUUUUCAUCAACGUUAAUUAUAAACUUAGAUUUAUAACUCGAUAUUUAGUAAAUUACAAAAUAAUAUAUACUUACAUUUAUGUCAAGUAAAACGAGUGUGCACGUAAAAGAGAAGAGCUCGCCGGCUCACUCAGUCUACUGGAAGAUUCCAUUGUGAGAGGGUUCAAAAAAUAAUUUAUGUGUGCAAAAUAGUGAAUUUGUGAUUUUAGGCAACAAAUACUUCAACUAUAUGACAUAUCACAAAUCGAUUCCUGCAAUCAAGCAAGAAGUGAAGCAAAGAAAAACGAACUAACAUUGAAUAAAGAAGAAAUAUUAGGGGAUAUGUUUGGGAUAAUAAAGUAAUCUUAAGUUUUAACGCAAUGUGCUUACUAAUUUUUUAUAUUUAUCUUUGUGAAUGAUAUGACGCUAUUUCUUUCUUGAUUUAAUUUACAUAUUUUCAUUUGCGAAACCCGUGCACUCUGUCAGUAACCAUUAGUUGCACACUUUAUGCUAUUGUAGAUACUAUUGCUUCACUAAAAUACCUCUAAAUACUGCUUUUUCGAAUAGGGUUUAACCUAUUUCCUAUUUAAAACAAUAACAAAGAUAAUUGAAAUAUGCAAAACGCUGAUUUGAAUAUAUCAAUUGGAAGCAAUGACUCUAAUGGUAGUGACGAUUUUGAGAUAGUUCAAAAAUUUUUAGCUCUCUGCAAAGUUCAAAAUGAAAGAUUACGAGAUCGGAAUUUGGCCAAAGCUCACAUCAUCGUCUGGGAGUGGCUUGACAUGUUGGCAAGCCCAGAUCAUUGGGAGAACAGCAAGGAGGGAAGACAACAAAAGUGUAAUCCAAUUAAGUGCAAAAAUCAAGGCAACAGAAAUGAUACAAGUGUGAAUUCAUCAAAAUGUGCAGACCAUCAGAAUUAUUAUAAUUACCAUCGUAAAAAUCGAAGACGUUUUCUAAAAAGCUAUAAAACAGAAAAUUUUUUCCCAGAAAGCCCAACUACCCAUAAUCCACAUCCUUCAUUCCAAGAAGAUAUUAUUAAAGAUUCUGUUGACAAUCUCAUUUCCAAGACUGCUGAUGAUAGUUGCUUACAGUCUUCAUCUUUAGAUGAAAAUAAAUUUGAUAUCCAGGAUUUAAAUUCUACGAAUAUAAAAAUAAAAUUUAACGUUACUAAUAAAAGCGACGAAAUGAUAUUCGCAUGUUCAUCCAUCGAAGCGUUAGAUGAUGCCGAAGAAACAACCAGUCGGUCUGUAAAAAUAAAAGGCGCGAAACAAAAACAACUAGGAACAGACGAUCAAGAUUCAGAUACUAAAAAAUAUGGAAAAAGUCCAAAAUUUGAUGAUAAACUAGAUAACGCAAGUUUCUUUAACACAAGUCGCGAAAAUAACUUAUCACUAAAUAUACCAAAAGUCACUCAGUUAGAGAACGCGGCUUGUAAAAAUUGGCAUAUUCAAGACAGUUAUACUGAACAUAACACAAAUAAGAAAAAUAAUAAUGACGGAAUAGUAUUUAAUACUUUAGAAGGUUUCAUUCCUAAAUCUAAUACUUCUACGCCAUGUAAAAAUGAUAAUUUAUGGUUUCUGGAGCAACCAGGACCUAGUGAUAAAAAAUGUGAUGAAGAUUAUUGUACCUAUUCCAGUAGUGAUAAAAAAUUUAUACACGAUCGCGACAUGGUGAUAAAAAAUAGUAAAGUAACCAAAAAGCUUGAGUGUAUUCCCGAUCAAGUUGCUGAAAAUGACUAUUCUAUUGAUAAUGAAGAAUACUUACAAGAUGAAGACAUGACUAUAAAGGAUGAUAAAAUGCUGGAAAAAGUCGAAUUCACUCCUGGCGACGUGGGCAGAAUGUUGAAUAUAGGAAACGCUUUAGAAUUUCCUCGAUCUCUCACUCAAUCAACUGAUUAUUUGAAACUUGUGACGCUACAUCUUCCAAUCAUCCUCCGACUCACUGUUAACUGCCCGUUCAAAAAUGUCAGGGUAAAGUGCAUGGAAAUUCUGCAAAUGAUCAAGGAACGUGAGUUAUCAAUUCCGAUACCAACUUAUAAUGGACCCAGUGCAUUCAUUCCCAGCUCAGAGAUUCCAGACAUCUCUGACCUCGAUGAAAGGACUCACGGGUACUUUGUGGAAACUUUUUUACAGACAACUCGCGUGGACCAUAUUUCACGAGUAAUGUCAUCGCACCCUUCGUAUUUAGAUAAUUUUCUUAAAACUCAACAAUUUAUUCUACGGGGUGAUGGUCCACUGCCCUUCGUCUAUCGUCAUUUAAUUGCCAUCAUGGCUGCUGGUAGACAUCAAUGCAGUUAUUUAAUAAAUUUACAAAAAGGGGAAUUUCUUCUUCAAGGCGGUGAUGCCGCCUGGUUACAGGGAUUAAAAUAUAUUCCACAAAAAUUGCAAAAUCUUUAUGACAUAAAUAAAAUUCUUGCGCACAGGCCAUGGUUAUUAACUAAAGCUCACAUAGAGAAAAUGACCAAAGGCACAGAUAGUUGGUCUCUUUCUGAACUCGUUCAUGCAAUAGUUUUAUUGGCUCACUUUCAUUCUUUAUCGUCAUUUGUAUUUUCUUGUGGAAUUAAUGAAGAACUUGACUUGGUUGCUAACUGUCAGGGCAAAGAAAAUAUUCAAGCCAAUAGUAAUAAUGUAUCAUCUGCCAAAGAAAAUAUGGUCAAAAGUCCAAAAAAGAUUUCAAGUAGUGAUAGCACGACUGAUAAAGUGCAUUCGCCGCCUCCUUCACCAAGUAUAGUCGGUGAACAAGAAGUUGGGGUUGUAACGUUAAUGGAACGAAUGAAAUAUUUGUCGGAAAACUCAAUAUCUACACUUCCGCAAGAAGAGCUGUCAAAAAGAUUCAAAUCUGUUGAAACACAAUCUGCUGAACUAGAACCGGCUCAAGAAAGAUCAAGUCCGCCUAUUAAUUCUGACAUUGAACCUUUUGUUAGAGAACCCGAGUACAUAUAUCAAGACUUUGCCAAGCGAGGUCAAGUCAACGAUAUUCCCACAUUUCGUACCCAAGAUUAUUCAUGGGACGUUCAUGGUUUUUCUCUCGUAAGCCGCCUCUACAACGAAGUAGGAGGACUUUUGGAUGAAAAGUUUAAAACAGCUGCUACUCUUACGUAUUACACAAUGGGUACUCAUGACAAAGUGGAUACUUCACACUUCAGACGCGCAAUAUGGAAUUAUAUUCAAUGUAUGUUCGGUAUCAGACAUGAUGACUAUGACUACAAUGCCGUCAAUCAACUUCUUGAACGCAGUUUGAAGACGUUUAUUAAAAACGCAGUCUGUUAUCCUGAACGUGUUACGAAGAGAGAUUAUGAUAGGGUUAUGAAAGAGUUUAAACAUAGUGAGAAGGUUCAUGUGAAUUUGAUGAUUCUUGAAGCUCGUAUGCAAGCCGAAUUAUUGUACGCCUUACGUGCAAUAAUGCAAUUUAUGACCUAAUUUAAAUUUCUACUUGUGUCUACCUGAAAACUGGUCAGUUCGAUUAUUUAAAUAAUAAUGUAUUAUUGCCAAUAGCUUCAAAAUACUUUACACAGUAAAAGCUCUGACGAUCAUUUGAUGAGAAACAAUAAUAAAUUACUCAGGUAAUUUUUAACGAAGCUACACUACAAAGUUGACGCAAAUGAUGCUAAGACAUCAUUUAUCCAUUUUAAAUAUUUAUAGAUAAUAAUUAUUAUUAUUGAGAUUCAGUUUAAUGGAAUUAAAAGUAAAUUUUUGUACCCCUGAUGACAAAACUAUAAAAUUUUCAAAAAUGUAAAAGAUUAAUUCAUAUAAAUUUUUAAUGAAAUGCUUCCCCGUAAUUAUUAUUUUAAUAAAUUUCAUAUCAAUAUCUUUGAAAUACAAAAAUUUUUUAAAUUCCAGUAGACAACGUAACUUUUUUUAUUUUAACAGUUUGUCUAAUAUUUUCUUGUAAUGGUUCACUACUUUAUUUACAAAGAUAAUUUAUAGGUUAUUUUAUACCCGGAAAAAUAAUUUAGAUAUACGGAGGCUAAAACUGAAAAAAAAAAAAAAAAAAAAAAA